UAACAGACAAUAUGUUCUCAAAGUAUACUAGACACGAUCGGAGAUUAUCAUGGCCGGGGUAUCGUGCCAGGACCCUGGGCAAAAUAGACGAAAACAGGCCAACACAGCCCGUCGUUAUCGCUGGAGAAAAGAUGGAAUGUACCUGUAUGGAGUUGGCACUAGAGGGGGAAAGGUUAUGUAAGGCCGGUGACUGCCGUACGGGGGUCCAUUUCUUCGAAGCUGCAGUACAGACAGGCACAGAUGAUCUCAAAACUCUCAGCGCCAUCUACAGCCAACUUGGAAAUGCCUACUUCUACCUCCAGGAAUAUGCCAAGGCUCUGGAAUACCACAAACUUGACCUGUCACUAGCUCGAACUCUCGGUGAUAAGGUUGGUGAGGCAAAGGCUAGUGGUAACCUUGGAAACACACUCAAAGUCUUGGGGAAGUUUGAAGAAGCAAUAGCUUGCUGUUUACGACACUUAGACAUAGCACAGGAAUUAGGAGAUAAGGUGAGUGAGGCGCGAGCGUUGUAUAACCUGGGCAACGUUUACCAUGCCCAGGGAAAACACACUGGGAGAUGUACGAAUGAAGAUCCGGGGGAAUUUCCAGAAGAAGUGCGCACAUGUCUUCAGAAAGCUGCUGAAUACUACGAAGCAAAUCUACAAAUUGUAAAAGACCUUGGUGACAAAGCUGCCCAAGGUCGAGCCUGUGGUAACCUUGGCAACACCAACUAUCUCCUGGGAAAUUUCAGUGAGGCAAUACAGUAUCACCAGGAGAGGUUAGCAAUAGCCAAAGAGUUCGGAGACAAGUCAGCUGAGAGGAGGGCGUACAGCAACCUGGGCAACGCUCAUAUAUUUCUAGGAGAGUUUGAAGUUGCAGCUGAACAAUAUAGGAGAACUCUACAAAUAGCCAAGCAAUUGGGAGACAAGGCGUUGGAGGCCCAGGCCUGCUACAGUCUGGGGAACACUUUCACACUCCUUCAGGACUACGAGAAGGCUAUCGAGUAUCAUAUGAGACAUCUAAAAAUAGCACAGGACCUGAAUGACCGUGUGGGUGAGGGCAGGGCGUGCUGGAGUCUAGGCAAUGCACACUCUUCACUAGGAAACAAUGAGAUAGCCUUGGAAUUUGCCAGUAAACACUUGCAAAUAUCUAAAGAGAUUGGUGAUGAAAAUGGUCAGUUUUCAGCUCAGAUGAACUUGGCAGACCUGAGGAAUGUAUUGGGUAUAAACAUGUCCUCUUCCGAAUCUACUCCAGGGGUCAUCAGCCACGAUGGGAAGUUAAAGGAUGAAACAGAUCUUGGUAUCAGCAGACGACCUUUCCGGCGACACAGCAUGGAAAACAUGGAACUGAUGAAGCUGACGCCUGAUAAAAAGGGUGCCCUACCUACUGCUAAUGGAGGGGCUCGACCGAAGGUUCCAAAGUUCCAGAAGGCAGCCAGUAUAGCUUCUAAUUCAGAACUAGAACACAGACCCAAGCUCACUAAAGAUAAGUCCAUAGACACGGGUUCUGGAGAUGAAGACAGUUUCUUUGAUCUAGUCAGCAAGUUCCAGAGUAGGCGAAUUGAUGACCAACGAUGUUCUUUCAAAAUUGAGCCUUCUGUUCCGACCCCUACACCUCCAGUUGUAACCACAGUGCCAGUGGCGACAAAGAAAGCCAGCAUAGCAGUAUCAGAAGGAAAUGAAGAGUUCCUUGACAUGGUGGCUGGGAUCCAAAGUUCACGGAUGAAUGACCAGCGAGCGGCCCUGCCACAGUUCCCCGGUCUAAACUCACAGGACGUUAUUGACCAGUUCCUAAAGCAGCGGAGCGACUCCCACGUCCCCGANGCAUUCUACUUUAUCCUUACAUUGUGUCAGGGUUCAAGGAUUGAAGACCAGAGAAGUUCCUUGCCACAGUCCAACAUCCCUGCUCCCACAGUGCCCGACGAAGAUUUCUUCAGUCUUAUCCAGAAGGUACAGUCAUCGCGAUUGGAGGAGCAGCGCACAAGCCUGCCGGACAAGCCAACAACGGAAACACAGGGGAAGAAGAAAAAGAAAUGAACAACAGAGUUGUAGUAAUGAAUGUUUAACCGUACCAAUCGUUGGCUACUUGUACCCAAGGUGUUGGUCUGUUUGAACCGCGCCUUGCAAAUGUUGGCUACUUGUAUCAAGAGCCGUAAAUACCCCUGACUCCAAUACAUAGGGUGCUUCGUGUAGAAUUUUACUUCUAAGUGUCGGUAGAGGACUAACUGUGCAGGACAAUUCCAAUCCACAGGGAUGUGACAAUGAUUGGCCGUCCGCAGUGUCCACCAUAGGCUUGGCAGCCGAUAUAUCGCUGGGAGUUUUACCUAGUUAACUGGAGUGUGACACAACGAUCUGGUAUAUGUCCAUAACCACUACACAAAACAAGGGACACACCGCACUGGAUAGUGGACCAAAUUGCUCAGAAUACUUUAUAUUUUGGAUGGCGACAAAGAAAUCGGACUAUAUUUUGUCAAGUUCUAGAUGUUCCUCCUGUUCUUCAAUACUAUAUUGUGACAAUCAUUUUAGCGUACGUUUUAAGUAUGUGCCGAUAAGCUGUGUAGAUUUAUACUGCACUAUACAGUGUGUCUAAGUCUUUGUUGGAUCACUCUUAAAUAAGACUUCCAACUAUUCAAGCCCGUUCUUACUACAUGAGACAUGGAAACACUUUCUGAAUAGGUUUCCAACCGUCGCCAUGCAGACAUCUUGUAUGAAGUGUACCAGCAUUGAUGGAGAUGUUAGCACAUGUAGGUGAGGCGGAGUAAAGACGAGACCACACCUGUAGCAGGAAACGUGGGCAAUGACUGACCCCAUGAUUCGUGCCAGUACAAUGGGACAGACAGAUUUUAAAACUAUUCUUGAUAUUCAUGUGUCUUUAUCAUAAUGUAGAAUGCAAAGUCCAUGCAUUUUGAGUAAGUUGUUCCAUAUCAUUGUAAGGAAAUGUGGCAUUCUCUUAUCAUUUAUUCCCAAAGUAUAAUGAUAUCAAUAAUUUUAUUUGCAAUCGUCUUUCCCCUUUAAAAACUUGGAACAUAGAACAAACAUAAAAACACAGUAUUUUUGCAUAUCUAUUUUUUUCUUAUACUGGAGUAUAUGCUAAUUGAUUAGUAUAGACUACAGAUGCGGCUUGAGUUAGGACUAGCUAUAUAUAGAUUGUGUUUUAUUCAAUUCAACCAAUCAAUUAAAGGGUAAUGUUUUUAAUAAAUUUGAUUAUCCAAAAUUAAUCAAUUGAACAAAAUCACUUUGGAUAACUGGAUAUAUCCUUAUUUAGGCAGUAAUGAUAUUUUAGCGCUUCAGCUUUUCACCAUUAUUAGAAAGCGCUCCAUUGUGAUAAAAGCUACGUUUAUCAGCAGUGUACGCCUAUACAUAUUAUACUUGCCAGCACUGAAUCCUGAUUUGUGAAACCUGAAAAAUGUUGCCAGUGUGUUAAAAUUUGUACAUUUACGGUACGUAAAGAUAAAUUAUACUGUAACCAUUUAUCUGCAUCAGUUGCAUAUUGGCCAAUCCAUGUAGCUAUAGCAGUAAAGGUGAUGUGCAGUGUUGUUCUUCAAUAGCUACUUGUCAGCAAAAUUAACAUCAGGAACAGGUUGACCGCCUUCAGAAGGAAUCUCAAAGAUAUUUUUGUGAGACUUAACUUCAAAUGGAUAUGACAUGUAUUUAUCCCUGUGUUGGAUUCUCUACAGAAACGUGAAGGCAUCACGUAGGUUAUUCGUUAAAAAUGGGUUACAGCUAAUUUUUGGCAAAAGAUUUCCCUAUCAAAAAGUUAUAUAAAAGCAUGACAGGUUAUCAAACAAAUUCUGAACUUUGGAUAGUACCUUGCUCUAGAAAAACAAUUUCUCAAAAAAGCUGUUUUGUAAUAAGCAUGAACAUUACCAUGCAUAGAAAUUGUAUGUUUUUAGCUAGUCCAGAGUGUACUGCUUACAACCCAUCUAGAUGAGAUUUUGAAGAAUACCAAAAUGACAUUUGAAUGCGUAAUAUAUUGUACUUGUCGUUAGUUAAUUCAAUCAUAUUUAAUUCGCAACAAAAACAACACGAUAAUGUUUAAGAAAUGCUGAAAAUCUGCAGGAACCUACGAUUAGUGUUAUUUCACUCUCAGCUGAUCUAGGUCGCAUACAGCUGCCUUUUAAGAUUAUGUGCCUAUCAUUCUGUAAAAGUGAUUUGAUCUUAUAUCACAAAACCAUGUUUACCUACACCAUGUUUGGUUCAGUGUGAUGUAUAUCCUACAGUAACUUUUUUUGCACACCAUUGGUCAUGAUCAAGAAAUCUGGGUUCUUACAAAAAAAAAAGAAUUCCUUAAAAGAUUUGAACAUUACAGAAAGCUGUUUCACAAACGAACCUUUACAGAAUUUUGACAAUUCACCAACAGUAUCACCACCUUUACCAAUAUUUUCUUGCAUGUUUGUUCGCCUAAGGAAAAAUGCAUCUGUAGCAGCUUGGUCCUUUUCGGAAAAUGAUAUUAUAAUGAUAAAAUGGUGUCUUUUCAAUCCAAUACUGGUUAAAUACAAACACACUUAUUUAUAAUGAAGUCAAAUUUGCAUUGCUUGCUGUCAAGGAAUUCUUGCAGACAUAUAUCCAUGUAUCUGUAUGGCAGAUUCCAUGUAAUUUCUUAGAUCUGAUUUGGUCACUUAUAAACUUAUUUCACUGUAUUGGUAAAAAUAUAACAGUGAAGUACUAUGUGUAUAUUGAUGAGUGUAAGUUGUCAGGGUGAAUCCAUGAUUGGUUAUCACCAACAAGAUAUAUGUCAUUUCCGAGAUACUUUUUCUCUCCAAAUUCUAUUGUGUUUGAGAUACACAUGUCAUGUGAUAGGGGGGGGCAUGUGUACAUUGGGUAUACACCAAAACUGAGAGAUGCACGAAACAGUAUAAAAAAAAAAUGGUAUUCCAUUCCAGACUGCAUGUCUAACAACAGGGUACUAGUCAGCAGAUAUCCCAUUCUUGAAGCUAUUUUCGUCCAAAUUUGUCAAUGUUUUACCUGAUACAGUUGGUCUGCAAAUGAUUUACUUUUACACCGAAAGUAUAUAUAUGCCUCCCUUAAUAUACCCUGUGACCCCCAAAUCAUGUGACUUUUAUUUUCGGGAAGUUGAAUCUCGGAAACAACGGUAUUGCCCAGAUAAUUUUAAAAGAUGUUUUCAGUGUAAGAAACAGCUAGUAUGGUUCGAAAUAUGUCAUGAAUAUAAAUCUUUGAAUAAUAAUCCAAAGAUAGGUGUAAAAAUGUAUUACUCCCUGUAAAAUGAAUUCACAAUAAACAGAACUAACCAGAAUAACAAGAAGAAUUAAUUUGUCUUUAAAAAAAGAUCAAGAUAUGUAUUUUGGUCAUUUAAAAUGUCAGCAUU